CACCUUAUAAAGGAGACAGAUAUCUAGACUCAGAUCAAAAUUCAGAGGACUUUGAUUUGCAGAUUGCAUUAAUUUUAACCGGAGUUAUUAUGCAUAUGUUGAAAGAAAAGGCACGCAAACCCCUCCAAGGAAAAGAUAUCGCUGUUCGACUGAUGGAAAAAAUACCAUUAUAUAUGACCUCAUUGCCUGUACAAGUACUCAAAGCUGGACAUUGGAAUUUUCCUGGAUCAUACGUGAUGGAAACCUUGGACAAAAUUUUCGAUCAGAAUUCAAUACAGUACAUUUUUGAAAAGAAUAUGGAAGAAGAGUUUAAAAAUGGAAUGUGGGAAGACCUCAAAGAAACAACGGAAUCUGCAUAUCAGCCUCCAAAUUUUGCAGAUAAAAAACUGGAAUUAAGCAAAGACUGUAGAAUAUUGGACCUUGUUUUUUACGCCCUAUUAAAAACAAAACGACUGGAUGGAGCACGACAACUACUGGAAACAGGCUGUGUGGGAAUACGACCCAUUCUAAUUGGUUGCAAGAUUUUAAAGGACUUCAGCGAAGACUGGAGAGUGGGGAUUUUAGAAGAGAAAGAAUUAGACAGGUUACGAAGAAUGUUCGGUCGGCAUGCGCUUAGUAUUAUGAACUAUAUUCACGAGAAAGACGAGAAAGACAAACCAGAAGAACCAAAAGAUUUGUCAGAAAAAGUGAUGACGUUUUUCUUUAAGAAGAAAGAUGACGUCAAUAACGCUGGAAGAUUACUUCUUAACCACGGGUACUUAGAUGUUGCAUACAAGACAGAGAAUGAGUGGUUUUUGGAAAAUUCAAAGCUGAAGACAAUCAUAAAGGAGUUGUGGAAAGGAAAGGGAUAUAAGAAACAAGGACGACGUUGGGCGAUGACAACAACUUUUCUUCUUUUUUUACUCCAUGUUUUCAUCAUGCCCCUUUUGCUGGUCAAUCUCGACAAACCUCCCUUAACAUGGUUCUACAAGAAAUACCACACCCCUAUUCUGAAGUUAUGGAUAAAUAUGGUUGGAGUUUUCUUUUUCCUCGCUGCGUUUGCGUACAUGCUGCUGUUCGAUUACAGCGAAGAAACAGUUUCACGUUCUGAAUUAGCUAUACUUUUCUGGGUAGCUUGUAAAUUUGUGGACGAAUUGGAGCAGGUUAUUGUGGCCAUUAAAAGAAAGAAACAGAUACCUGAUGCAGUAAAGAUGUAUUUGUCAGAUACCUGGAACCACUUGGAUUGGUUAAUCAUUAUUGCCUGUACAUUGGGCGCCAUCUUGAAAUUGUUUGACGAUAACCUGAUGGAAGGCGCGGCAAAGUUACUUUACAUAUCUGCCUACGUUAUGUUAAACAUUCGAAUUCUCAACAUGUUUUGGACAUCAGAGUUUCUGGGAACUCAAUUAGUUAUAAUUCAAAAAAUGUUUGGAAAUACAGUGGCAUUUAUGGCCAUCGUUCUUGUCAUUAUGAUGUGUUACAAUGUGGUGGACCACGCCCUUCUGUUUCCAAACACUGAGUUUAGCUGGGCGGAAGUAGAAAGUAUCAUCAAAAACGGAUACUGGACUUUAUAUGGCGAAUUUGGUGACGAUGUCGGUACAGACUGCACAAACAAUGCUACUAUAUAUAAGGCUGGUCUACAGGAAAGAUGUCCUACAUCACUUGGCAGUGCAAUAUCGCCGUAUUUGAGAGCUGUUUACUGCUUGAUAGCUGUAGUGAUGCUGCUUAAUUUACUCAUUGCUAUUUACAGUUACACGGCCGCCAUUGUGCAUGAAAAUUCUCGCAUGCAUUGGUCACAGCUACAAUCCAACUUCCUUGAGGAAUACACCAUCAGAAAUAUCUUCCCCAUCCAUUUUAAGCUUCUGUCAGCAGCUGCCUUUGUUAUCCACCUCGUCUUAUCCCCCGUUUUAAAAUGUGUGACGAACAAAAAAGGUCAACCGGCAUAUGAGAGAGUGCUUCUAUACGAUGAAAGUUAUGACGUCAUCCAGAAAGAAACUGAGGAGGCGGAGAAGAACGGGAUCCUUGAAAUGCAGGGGAAAUUAGAGAUUGACACUGAUCAAUUUCCGGAGGAAAUGGAACCUUUGAAAGACGAAAUGAAAGAAAUUAAAAGAGAAAUGAAGGAAUUGAAAGAGGAUAUGAAAGUAUGA